AUGUGUCCUGAAGUCUUCUCGAGGCAGGUCGAAGUUUAUGAUUUAGAAACUGUCAUGACACCCAGUCCUUUGUCAGGUUCGAUCAACGAGUUGAAAGCUGCAUAUUUUCCUGACGCUGGUACUGCCGGAACACACGUUGCCUCCCAGAGCUCAACACAAACCUCCAGUCCUCCAAGGGCUCCAGCACCCUCCUUCCCUUUCUCUUCGGACCUCAACAAAUCCGCUCGCGAUGACACAUCGGAAGGAAGUCGGGACUUUGGAUUCGACAACAUGGUUUAG